GUACCGUGAGUCCUUGGUCACACUGUCUUCGUCUUGUCUGAUUGACUAAGGCCACCACUGCGACUACGAUGUACGCUGCCGAUUGAGGGUGACACUCUCGCCAAACCAUCAAAGCCGAAUGACGAAGCCUGGCUGACAUCGAGUGAGUUGAUUUGCCGGGCCACCUGGAUAGACUUUGAUCGACGCCCUCCUGUAGCAUCCUUCACUGGACCGGAUUGGACUGGAUCAGCCCCGAGUCGCGUGAGUUUGUCUGUCCAAGCUCUGCGCACCUCCCUUCUCCGCCCCCGCUCUCGAGAGCGGGUUGUUGGUGGCACUGGGACCGAUCAGAAACCAGCUCGUACCACCCUCCCUCGUACUUCGUUUGCCCUCCUAAUCCACCCUUCGACUUCGAUAUUAAUAUAAGUGACCCGGAUCCCUACAUCACGCUGUCCAUCUCGCCAUUGCCCCGUCGUCCUUCUUUAUUGCUAGAGUUUGCCCGAUGCCUCCUCCCUCCCAGUAUCAUGUUCGCUGUUUGAUAUCCGUCCUCGAUCGCCAUCCACAGGCUCGGUCCAUCAUGACCUACAUCGCAUCCCAUGCUCGACGUUGACCCGUCUAGCUGUUGACUGCAGCUAGGCGAAGAAGCAUCAGCAGCAUUCGCCAUGUCGCCACGGUGUCCCACGGUCCCAGAUUCCCGCGCCAGCUUACUUAGUGUCUCGUCCACGUCUCGCCCGUAUCGUCCGCGUAUCCUCCCUUACUCUUCUCCUACAUCCACUACUACGUCCACAUCCGCCGCGUCCACGCCACAGCCCAUGCCACAGCCCACAUCCCCGUCGGCGUUUCUCGCCUCCGCUUUCGCUUCCGCCCGUCCCGUUACGUGAAGACCCUACGCCUGCUCGGCGAUGCCCGUUCGUCACGGCCUCCGUUUGCCUCGAGUUCACCGGCCGCCUCCAGUUCCACGCCAAUUUCGGCAUGCGUUGAUGUGAAAUGGUUCAAUGACAAACAGUUUCGCUGUGAGUAUGGGAGAUCGAUCCCCCUCUCCUCUAAUCAUGCAGUUGGAUCAACACCGUCCCGACCAUACGCCAAUUUCCACACCCACUUUACCACUAUUGCAAAUGUCUCCAAGCUACCCCCUACGACACUAUCGGCGGAUGAUUCGGCCUGCUGCAUUUCACUGCCCCCGUUGUCGACCUUGACGCCCCCGGUUCCCCGAUCUGCCCUAGUGAUCACCUACAAGCUGCUCUGAUGGCGCCCCCCCCCCCCCCGCCAUGACGAAGGUUCGGAUAGCAUGGCAACGGGCUUUUCCUGUACAGCCCAAAUCAGAUAGCGAAGGAUGAAUGCUCCAUUGGCCUUAGCCUCUGAGCUCGAAUCGCGACACGGCCUCUUUCCCUUCCCCGAGACGAGCAUCGGAAAACAGAAAACCGUCGACGAAGGACGGCUGCGAAGAAGGACACUGAAGGGGGGUUUGGAUGGAGGAAACGAGGGAUUGGGAUGGACAGUGGAGGAGCCUUUGCUCUGCGUUGGGAGCUUGAGCCUGGAAUGAAGGGGACGGACAGCCAGCCGAUCGAUCACCCAGUGCGGGGUCAUCGAUGGCUCGAGCUUGGCAGGUGCAGUAGCUGAAGGGAGGGAGCUUUCCCUGUGCAGCGCAUCACAGCACAGCACCAGGCACAAAAUAGUCUGUGCGUCUUGCUAUCUUAUCCUACCUAGACCCCGCUUUGCUCCAUAACCCCGGAUUAGGUCAUUCGCUCUCUUUCGUCAUGCAGUGUCAUUUGAGAUACCUCUGCUCUACUCAGUACCCAGGUACCUUGCUCCGUGCCCAGCUCUGCCACGGACUCUCACAACCUGAAGUUUGAUGCCGAGAACGACAUCGCUUCAUCCAAUCACUCCUCUUCCCGUGUCCGACUGACAAUCCGUAACCAUCCAAUCGCACGAUUUCUGCUCUUCUCGGCCGGGCUCUAGAACCCUGCACAACUACUCCGCCGCGCCGCCGAACCGUCCAGUCUCGGUCCCAUUGCCGUGCCGCGCGCCGGCCGGAACUGGCGCCGCCAUGUCCUUCGUCACCGUCGCCGCGGCGACCUUGCCUAGCGUCCCUCUUGACUUCAAGGGAAACCGCGACAGGAUCCUGGAGUCCAUUCGGAUCGCCAAGGAACAGGGCGCAACCCUCAGGACCGGCCCGGAGCUGGAGAUUCCCGGCUAUGGCUGUCUCGACCAUCAUCUUGAAGGAGAUACCUUCCUCCACAGCUGGGAGGUGCUCGCCGAUAUCAUCGCCGAUCCUGUAUGCAAGGACAUGCUUAUUGACCUGGGCAUGGGCUGCCGUCAUCGCAAUGUCCGCUACAACUGUCGCGUUCUCUGCACCUACAAGCACAUCUACCUUAUCAGACCAAAGCAAAGCCUUGCCAACGACGGCCUAUACCGCGAAGCUCGUCAUUUCUCGGCGUGGACGAAACUCCGAGAGAUAGAGACGUACUACCUGGAGGCUGUAGCUGCCAAGGUCACAGGCCAGAAGACAGUUCCCAUCGGCGACCUGAUCCUCAGCACUCUCGACACUGCCGUGAGCUGUGAGACCUGCGAAGAGAUGUUUUCGCCCUUGAACCCGUCGACGUUCCUCGGGCUCAACGGGGCCGAGAUCAUCCUCAACAGCAGCGCCAGCCACGCCGAGCUGCGGAAGCUGAAGACCCGUCUUGAUCUCAUAUCGAAUUCCACUCGAAAACUGGGCGGUAUCUACGUGUAUGCCAAUGCGACUGGGGUCGAUGGCGAGGCGCGUAUGCUGUUCGACGGUUCAAGCAUGGUGCUUGCCAACGGAAAGGUAUUGGCUCAGUCCUCCCAGUUCUCAUUGAAACCGGUAGAGGUCAUCAUUGCUACGGUCUCGGUCGAGGAAGUCCGGAGCUACCGCUCGAGUAUCUCACGGAAUUUCCAAGCCGCAGCCCAGCCCGAUUUCCCCAGAGUCGAAUGCGAUCUUCGUUUGACAAGACCUGCAGACGAGGUGUACUUGUCGGACCAUCUACGCAUUGCCAAAGAGGUCGACCUCAAGAUUCUUGAUCCCAUGGAAGAGAUCGCCAUGGCCCAGGCAGUCUUCCUCUGGCAGUACCUUUGCCGUACAAACUCCCCUGGGUACUUCCUUGCCCUGAGUGGCGGCUUGGACUCUUCAACAGUCGCGCUCUUCGUCUACAGCAUGGCCAAGCUUGUGCUCCAGUCCAUUGAUGCCGGGGAGAUGUCAACUCUGGAUGAUCUUAGACGCGUCACCGGUGACAAGACGUUCAUGCCCGAGACGCCACAGGAGAUUGUCUCUAGGUUGCUCCAUACAUGUUACAUGGGCACGGUCAACAGCGGAGAUGACACGAGAUCAAGAGCCUCUCGGCUCGCGGCAGAGCUUGGUGCCUAUCACUCUGAUAUUUCGAUUGAUGAGGCGGUGCAAGCUCACGAGGCCAUCAUCGAGAAGACGCUUAACUUCAAGCCCAGAUACGGGGUUGAAGGUGGCAGUCCAGCAGAGAACCUUGCGCGUCAGAACAUCCAAGCAAGAAACCGUCUAGUCGUUCAGUACGAGCUAGCUCAACUUUCGACAACAGCGAGACAGCUCCCGCGAGCGGGGGCGGCACUUCUGGUGUUGGGCAGUGGAAAUGUUGAUGAGAAUCUCCGCGGCUACUACACAAAGUACGACGCAUCGUCAGCGGACAUUGCCCCUCUUGGGAGCAUCUCAAAGACCGACGCCAAGAGCUUCCAGGCCUGGGCCAAAGACCAAUGGGACCUGCCUAUCAUGACCGAGUUCCUUGAGGCGACGCCGUCGGCGGAGCUUCUUCCGCUAUCCGCCGGAGUGCAAGACGAUGAAGCAGAUACGGAGAUGGGCCUGACGUACAGCGAACUAUCGGAAUUCGGUAUCCUGAGAAAGGUACACAAGCUGGGCCCGUGGUCGACCUACCUCCAGCUCCUAGGAGACUGGAAAGAGAGACCAGGCUACGGCCCGCGGCAGAUCGCCGAGCGGGUCAAGAGGUUCUUCCGUUUUUACUCCAUCAACCGCCACAAGGCCGUCAUUCUCACCCCUUCGCCGCAUUUAUCGGCGUACAACCCGGACGACAACCGCCACGAUCUCCGGCCGUUCUUGUACGUCGUCACGUGGCCAUGGCAAUUCGGCAAGAUUGACUCGCACGCGCAGGAGCUCGAGAGGAAGAUCGCGGACAGGGAUAGGCCAGCAGAGUCUCAGUACAACGCGGUCGACUAGGAGACGAGGCGCGAGAGACUGGAUGACGCCAAUAGACGGAUGGCAGGCUGAUACACCGCGCAAUGUACUGGCAUCGGCUCGAGCCAGUGGUAUCGGGCAAUACUACACACCAGAGGCUUGUCUCCUUGGUGCUGUUUUCUGUCACGUCUCUCUAGAGCAUUUGAACUCACGGUCUGAACCCAUUUGUUACCAGCAGACUAUCCGAUCAGUUCCUCGUGGCCACCGUCGCAGUCAAAGAAUAAUCAUGGCCUUUCAAAUUCUUCUACAUGACCUGCUGUGGUAUCUUGUAUGGUGGCCGAGCUCAUGCCGGAUGUCCUCUUGAUGUGAUGGACGACAAAAACGGGGGAAGCGACCUGAUAAAGAUCCCACAUCGUCUCGCCUAGCUUCCUGGCCUCGAAGACGGGGCUUGUCCGCUGCUGCGAGGACGACAAAUAUCCUCGCAACCGUGCGUCCCCCCCUUCGCCGACUCCGCCAUCGCCGCCGCUCGCUUUCAGCUACCUGUGGAUCAUGCCGCUUUGCACGGAUAUUGCGCAAGGCAGCCUUCUCGCCACUGUCGAGUAAUAGCUCCAGCUCUUCCUCGACGGGCGACGGCGACGCCAACGGUCUCGAGAACGGCAUGCCCAGAGAAUUCAUGGGCUGGUGGGAGGGAAGGGUAAUGCCGUAGUCUUUGAGGGCUGGUUAGUGUGGUCGUGGGUUGGUAGGUUGGAUGGGAAACUUUUGAUGCAUGCCAUGAAGGGUCUUGAAGCCCCCCGGUCCGCUUGAUACGCGCCAUGGCUCUAGAGAAUUGAAAUAUUCCUGUUGGCGCACCUGAUAUGGAAUUCACUUAAUCUCU